AGCUCUCACGGGGCUUGGCUGUAGUUAAUGUGAAUGAAGUAGCGGCUCGGAAGUUGGACAUUAUAAUGCAGAUCUUAUCAUAAAAGUCUUGUUUAAAAAGACAUAAUUCAUUUUGUGGAUCCUCAUUCCUAUUAUAUAUCUAUAUAUAUAUAUUUUUUUGUUUGUGUAUAUACAUUUUAAAAAAUCAUCUGCAUGGAAAAAUCUUGGUGUAUGCAACUACCUGGCAAUUUCACGUCUACAUCUCCUGUUCCCUGAACUGUCAUAAGACACAAUCUACUGAAAUCGAAAUUGGUGACAAGUUUCAUUUGUCGACACCUGGACACGCAGACUUCGCAGUGAAAUUGAACUCUUUAGUUUGCACCGCAGGGUGGAAUUACAGUGAGAACCCCACAUCCAUAACUUUGAUGCCAAGUUACUUUUUGACAGUGUCAGCGUGCAGUUUACCUGGCGUUCCCCUUUCAUCAAGCCUUGCGUGAACAGACCUGCAUUCCAGUUAACAAGAGCAGCGCUGCUGUGCUGUUUGAUUGAGGAGUUUGGCUCGUGUAAACUAACAGUCGUUGGUCUUUACAGGUCCUAAGAUGAAAAUGAUUAAGAUUUUGGAGGAGAUUUCCAGACCGUCUACGCAGAGCGUUUUGCUGGUUUUCUUGACUGUCUUAGCUGUUGUACACGUGUGGAGGUGGUUUCAGCAAUGGGUUAGGAACGCAAAGAAGUGGACAGGUCCACCUGGCCCUUUCCCUUGGCCAGUAAUCGGAAACGCCGCCCAGAUUGGCAGCACUCCGCAUAUAUCAUUUACCAAAAUGGCACAGAAAUAUGGAGACGUCUUUCAAAUCAAAUUAGGCAGUCGCAACGUAGUAGUCCUCAACGGCGAGAAUGCCAUCAAGCAAGCACUCAUUAAGAAAGGGUCUGACUUCGCUGGCAGACCUGAUUUCAUCUCCUUCAAACUGGUCUCCGGUGGAAAGAGCAUGGCGUUCGGCGGUUACUGCGACUUGUGGAAGGCGCACAGAAGGAUUGCCCAGUCCACAGUCAGAGCGUUCUCUACCAGCAACCCGCAAACCAAAAAGGCAUUCGAGCAGCACAUUAUAAGCGAGGUCAGGGAACUGAUUUAUCUUUUUCUGAAGAAAACGGAACAGGAGAAGUAUUUCCAACCGAGCCAGAUUCUGACUGUGGCCACCGCCAAUAUAAUAAGCGCACUGUGUUUUGGGAAGAGAUACCGCUACGAGGACGUAGAGUUUAUGUCGGUGGUUGGCAGAAACAACGAGUUCAGUGAAACAGUAGGGGCGGGGAGCCUUGUGGACGUCAUGCCGUGGUUGCAGAGUUUUCCAAACCCAAUUAAGACUAUGUUUGGCAACUUUAAGAAUCUCAAUUUAGAGUUUUUUGCAUUCAUCCAAGAUAAAGUGACCCAGCACCGUGCCACAAUUAAACCAGGUUUUAUUAGGGAUAUGACUGACGCUUUCAUCCUUGAGCUCGACCAAGGGAAGCGUGACAUCAACGGGGUUCUAUUGGGAAAAGAACAUGUGCCUCCUACUGUCAGUGAUAUCUUUGGGGCGAGCCAGGACACCCUCUCCACCGCACUGCAGUGGAUAAUCCUGCUUCUCAUCCGGUUUCCUGAGAUGCAGACCAGACUUCAGCAAGAAGUAGACAAUGUUGUUGAUAGAACCCGCCUGCCUUCCAUUGAAGACAAGCCCAGUUUGCCCCACGUCAUGGCAUUCAUCUACGAAGCCAUGCGCUUCUCUAGUUUCGUGCCAAUCACUAUUCCUCAUUCCACUACUACUGACACCUCAGUAAAUGGUUACCACAUUCCCAAAAAUACAGUUGUCUUCGUGAACCAGUGGUCAGUCAACCAUGAUGCACAGAAGUGGCAUAAUCCAGAAGUCUUUGAUCCAACAAGGUUUGUGUCUGAGACUGGGGAUCUCAACAAGGACCUCACCAACAAUGUUUUAAUCUUCUCAGCUGGAAAGAGGAGAUGCAUUGGGGAAGAGCUCUCCAAAAUGCAACUUUUUCUUUAUACCGCUAUACUGGCACAUCAGUGUAACUUUAUUGCAAAUCCGGAGGAACCAAACACACUUGACUCCUGCUACGGCCUGACUCUCAAACCGACUCCCUUCUCCAUCGCUGUAACGCACAGGGGCACCAUGGAGGUGAUGGACUCUUAUGUCAAAGACCUGCAGAAAUCUGAAAGCAGUAUGUAAACUAAUGUAAUGCAACUGCCUCUAGAACAAAUGAAGGUAAAGAAGAAUACAGAAAUUGGUUGCUGGGUGGCCACAAAGUGUCUCUUAGAUGGACGAUCAGUGAAACAUAGCAUUAUCUUGCCUUUUUACAUUACAGAUCUUAAAUGACGUACACAACCUUUUAGAAUGAUUAAAUUGCAUUGUUUUUAUGAACUGCUGGAAUGCACGUAUAUAGUUUUGGUAUAUAUAUAUACAUACACUGUACAUAAACCAAAGAAAAAAUCCACAGAAAAAAUAAUCAAUAUCACAAUAAAAUGACUGACAGAGCUUUAUUCUCUCCAGCAUAUGAAAUCACAAUCAGAAAGCACAGCUAGAGUAUGUUUAAAAGAUCCAUGCAGAUAAACUAAUAUGUCUCUGCAGACAGUAAUGUUUUAUUAUUAUUUUUUUUUUUAAUUACACAAAUCAUUCUAAAACAAAGUCAAAUGAGGUUUGAAAACCUUUUGCAUUCUCUUUGUUAAACUAGAGUUGGUAUUGAAUAAA